AGUCCAUGCACAAAGAUUAUUUGGUCAAGUUGUGUGUGAGCUCUUCUUAUUUGUACUUCUCUUUUUCUCUUUUUUCUGUGGCUUGGCGAGGAUGGCUCUUGUUUUCUUGAGGAAGCUUCUGUGAGCUUCGAUCGAAGUUCUUUUGCCUGUUUCUCGUUCCCCCCUUACACGGCCGAUGGCGAGCAAGGUUUUGGAUCCAGACAACAUCAACGAGAAUGUGAAGAAAUGCGUGUAUGCGGUGAGAGGGGAGCUCUACUUGCGAGCAUCGGAGCUCCAGAAGGAAGGUAAAAAGAUAAUCUUUACAAACGUUGGAAACCCACACGCUCUAGGACAGAAGCCAUUGACGUUUCCUCGCCAGGUCAUGGCUUUGUGCCAAGCUCCAUUUCUUAUGGACGACCCCAACGUAGGCCUUCUGUUUCCUCCUGACGCUGUUGCGAGAGCCAAGCACUACCUCUCAAUGACCUCUGGUGGUGUUGGUGCGUACAGCGACUCGAGAGGUUUGCCAGGAGUGAGGCAAGAGGUAGCAGAAUUUAUCCAAAAACGAGAUGGAUAUCCAAGUGAUCCGGAGCACAUUUUUCUCACCGAUGGUGCAAGCAAGGGAGUCAUGAUGAUGCUAAACGCACUAAUUCGAAACGAGAAAGACGGGGUUUUAGUGCCAAUUCCACAGUACCCACUAUACUCGGCAAGCAUUGCUCUUUACGGUGGAAUUCUCAUUCCCUACUACUUAAAUGAGGAAUCUAACUGGAGUCUCGACUUCUCCGAUGUAAGAAACCAGGUCGUCAUUGCAAGGAACAAGAAAAUUGUCCCCCGAGCUCUAGUGUUCAUCAACCCCGGGAAUCCCACUGGACAGUGCUUGUCCGUGACUAAUCUCCAGGAUCUUAUUAAGUUUUGCUACAAGGAGAGGCUUCUCCUCAUGGCGGACGAAGUUUACCAAGUUAAUGUUUACCAAGAUGAGAGGCCUUUCGUGAGCGCAAAGAAGGUGUUGAUGGACAUGGGAGCUCCGUAUAGUAACACUGUAGAGCUCGUGUCGUUUCAUUCUGUAUCCAAAGGCUUUUUAGGCGAGUGUGGACAACGUGGUGGCUAUUUCGAGAUGACAAACAUCCAUCCACAGACGGUGGAAGAGCUCUACAAAGUGGCCUCGAUAUCUCUUUCUCCAAAUGUUGUUGGCCAGAUCAUGAUGGGACUCAUGGUAACUCCUCCCAGGCCAUUUGACAUCUCGUAUCCUCAGUACCAGGCCGAAAGCAAAGCGAUUAUAGAAUCGAUGCGAAGGAGGGCUCACAUUAUGACUGAUGGAUUCAACAAGUGCGAGGACGUAGUUUGUAACUUCACAGAAGGUGCCAUGUACUCUUUUCCCCGGAUCAAGCUUUCAAAGGCAGCUAUGGACGCUGCCGCUCAGGCAGGAAAAGCAGCAGAUGUUUUCUACUGCCUCAAGCUCUUGGAGGCGACGGGAAUUUCCACGGUCCCCGGCUCUGGAUUCGGCCAAAAAGAAGGAACUUUGCAUUUGAGAACAACGAUUUUGCCAUUGGAGCAAGACAUGCCAGGCAUCAUGGCCAAGUUCCAAAAGUUCCAUGCCGAUUUCAUGGCACAGUACAGCGAUUACAGUGUUUCAAGCAGGUUGUAGUGUAUCCAAAAUUGAACCGCUACUUGACCGGGUAGCAAAUAUUGUUCCCAAGGUUCUUGGUUCUUAUCUUAUUAUACGAAGCUAAGGAAUGUUAUUACAGCUUCAAACUCUGGAGCUCA